CAUUGUCCGGGCGGCGGCGGCGGCAGAGCGCCCCGGCGCCCGGUGCCAAUGCGGGGCGGGCGCGGCACGCCGGGGGCGCCUCCACCACCGCGGUGGAAACUUCACCUCGCCGCCGGGCCGACGCACGGCUGAGCGGGGCGGGAGCCCCCGGCGGCGGCGGGGCAGGGGCUCGGUGUCCCUGAGGGGAGUUUUUCUUUUCUUUUUUUUUUUUUUUUUAAAAAGAAAAAAUUAUUCUCCUUUAAACUUCCGCCCCCCUCCCGUUCCAGGAGGGGCCUCCCGCCUGGCGGGGCGUGCGAGCCGCAGAAACCAGGUACUGAAGAACUGGGCGGAGAGAACAUGAAAUCCUGUCUGAGCUGUUUGUAAGCACCAGCUGUACUUGACCACCAGGGGUACUUGAGCCACCCCCAGACGAGAGGACUCUUAUUUCUCUGCUGGGCUGGUUAGCCAUCCAAAGGGUGGUGGUGCCCUGGAAGUCCUGAGCUGGGGUCAGCUGGAAGAUGACUGAGUACAAGUUGGUGGUGGUGGGAGCUGGUGGUGUUGGGAAGAGCGCUUUGACAAUACAGCUCAUUCAGAAUCAUUUCGUUGAUGAAUACGACCCCACGAUAGAGGAUUCCUACAGAAAGCAAGUUGUCAUUGAUGGAGAGACCUGUUUGUUAGACAUCUUGGACACAGCAGGCCAAGAGGAGUACAGUGCCAUGAGAGACCAGUACAUGAGAACAGGGGAGGGAUUCCUGUGUGUCUUCGCCAUUAACAAUACAAAGUCUUUUGAAGAUAUUCACCAGUACAGAGAGCAGAUCAAGAGGGUGAAAGACUCAGAUGAUGUUCCCAUGGUGCUGGUGGGAAAUAAAUGUGACCUGCCAGCCCGGACAGUGGAGACCCGGCAAGCACAGGACUUGGCCCGCAGUUAUGGAAUCCCUUACAUAGAAACAUCUGCCAAAACCAGACAGGGCGUUGAAGAUGCUUUCUACACCUUAGUGCGGGAGAUCCGUCAGCACAAACUACGUAAGCUGAAUCCACCAGAUGAGAGCGGCCCUGGCUGCAUGAACUGUAAAUGUGUGAUAUCGUGACUAAGCUGACUGGACUGUGACUUGGAGGGUUUUCCACAGUGCAGAGCGCAAGGAAAGAGGUGAAACAAAAGAAGAAACAAAUGGAUUCAGGGGAGGAGUAUGGGGGGAGGGGAAGAGGAAGAGAAGGAAGAAGAGGACAGGGGGAGCAUGAGCCCCUUCAGGGACUAUCUCACAUUUCACCCAGACCUGCAGCAAACGACUUUUUUUUCUUUCCCUAUCCCCUCCUCCUUUGGCCUCCUCCCAUCCCGGCAACUGUACAAAGCCACAGAUUGAAUCACAGUAAAUUAUUAUUUGAUGGUCUCGAUAAA